GUGGCUUAUCCCCUCGGGUCCACGUGACGGCACGGGUCAUAUGCGCGCGCUCGGUGCUGCUCUGGCGUCGCGCGGGCCCGGGUCUCGCCGCUUCGCCAUGGCCGCCGCUGCGCUCCGGGGGUUGGCGCUGGCAGCGCUGCUGGCCGUGGCCACGCGAGCGCACAGGCCCAACGUGGUGCUCAUCCUUACCGACGACCAGGACGUCUGCCUGGGCGGCAUGACCCCGCUAAAGAAGACUAAUGCUCUGAUUGCGCAGAUGGGAAUAACCUUUCUAAAUGCAUAUGUUCCUAGUGCACUUUGCUGUCCCAGUCGAGCUAGCAUUUUAACUGGAAAAUACCCACAUAAUCAUCAUGUUGUCAAUAACACUCUGGAAGGAAACUGUAGCAGCAAGCUAUGGCAGAAGAUUCAAGAACCCUACACCUUCCCAGCGUUGCUCAAAAGUAUGUGUGGUUACCAAACGUUCUUCGCGGGAAAGUAUUUGAAUGAGUACGGAGCAGAGGAUGCAGGCGGAGUAGGACAUGUCCCUCCUGGAUGGAGUUUUUGGUAUGCUUUGGAGAAAAAUUCAAAGUACUACAACUAUACUCUUUCAGUAAAUGGCAAAGCACGGAGGCAUGGUGAGAACUACAGUGUAGAUUACCUGACAGAUGUACUGGCCAACAUGUCAUUGGACUUCCUGGAGUAUAAAUCUAAUUUUGAACCUUUCUUUAUGAUGAUCUCAACCCCAGCACCACACUCUCCUUGGACAGCUGCUCCACAGUAUGCAAACAGCUUUCAGAAUGUCAGUGCACCAAGAAACAGUAAUUUCAAUAUUCAUGGAAAGAACAAGCACUGGUUAAUUCGCCAAGCAAAGACUCCAAUGACAAACUCUUCAAUACAGUUUCUUGAUGACGCUUAUAGAAAGCGGUGGCAAACUCUGCUGUCAGUAGAUGACCUGAUAGAGAAACUAGUGAAGAAACUGGAAUUGAAUGGAGAAUUGGACAACACGUACAUCUUUUACACAUCAGACAACGGCUUCCACACUGGCCAAUUUUCUUUGCCAAUAGACAAACGGCAGCUGUAUGAGUUUGAUAUCAAAGUUCCACUGCUAGUUCGAGGACCAGGGAUAAAACCAAAUCAGACAAGCAAGUUGCUUGUUGCAAAUAUCGAUUUGGGUCCCACUAUUCUGGAUAUCGCAGGGUAUGACUUGAACAAGACCCAGAUGGAUGGAAUGUCACUGUUGCCGCUGUUGAGAGGAGACAAAAAUGUGACGUGGAGAUCAGACUUCUUGGUGGAGUACCAAGGAGAAGGAUACAACGGCAGUGAUCCUACCUGUCCUGGCCUAGGACCUGGAGUCACACACUGUUUCCCAGACUGUGUCUGUGAAGAUUCCUAUAACAACACAUAUGCUUGUGUAAGGACACUGUCUACUUCUUGGGAUCUGCAGUACUGUGAAUUUGAUGACCGUGAGGUGUUUGUGGAAGUGUAUAACUUGACUGCAGAUCCACACCAGAUCAACAACAUUGCUAAAACAAUUGAUCAAGAAAUUCUUGAAAAGAUGAACUAUCGAUUAAUGAUGCUGCAGUCCUGCUCAGGAGCAACCUGCCGUACACCAGGUGUCUUUGAUCCCGGGUACAGGUUUGACCCACGGCUCAUGUUCAGCAAUCACGGUGUUCGGGCUCGGAGGUUUUCUGCACAGUCCUUACAAGGCAUUUAAAAGCCUCUCGCAAUCAGCUCCCACUGACCAGUUUCUCCAGCGAAUGCAGCAGGUCUGUCUCUGUAACUCUUGUUGAUUGCAGCUGGAAGACUUCUAAUGGGCUGUCCAAACUCCGUUUGGAAGAAAGACCCUCAUCUCCAGCUGCCUGCCUCGUGCAAUAUGUAUAUUUUACAGCUGAACUGUAACUCUAAAUCGUUAGACACAGCUAAUCUGUCUUGCUCAAAUAGUCAAUUACUACCUUUGUCUUUCAAGUACCUUUUCAAAUCACAGGCACAGAGGUGAACCUAUGCCUAUGAAUCUGAACAGUUUCAUUUUGUUCUGAAAAAUCAAUAAAUGCAUAUUUAAGUCAGGUUAGGUAGGCAGGUGCUAUUGCACAGUAAUGCUCACCCACAUUCACUGUCACAAAAGCAAUGUUUAAUUAUAGGUUUUCUGUAUUGAGCUCAAUGGUGUUCACGACAACAGUGAACUUGCCCAAAAUAGCGUAGGAAGGCAUUAGGCAAAACUGUAGGAUCUGACUAGCAAGUGUCUUGCACGGAAUUAAAAUCCGUGUACUAAAUAUUCUCUUUCAAUGAGACCACUUCAAAUGAGACCAAUGAGUUUUGUAGGAUGGCUUUGGUAGCUUCCAAACAGGAAUGUAAUUUCAACCUCAUCCUAGUUCGAAAUGCUGGAAUGGGUUACUACGUACUACUGAAAACUCCUGGGGUCUAAUACAGGCUUCCCAGAGAGUUAAAUGAAAGAGUGUUGAGACUAACAAGUAUUCAAAUAAGCGUGCCUGUGUUUUGAGCUAACUCUUAAAUGUCUUCUAAUACAUAAAUAGAAAUAAUACUUAAAACAACCCCACAAACCUCUCCACCCAGGGCACCACAGUAGAGUUGAUCUGUCUCUAACCUCCAACACCUAAGGUGUUGAAUCGUCUCACAUCUUACAUCGAUUAGAUUCUUGAAGGUAACUUAUUUUGAGAGUAAACUAGCUAAAAAGAAACCAUUGCUCACUGGAAGUUAGCCUAAGGGCGCUAUUUUAGGCAGUUUAAGUGCUUCAUAGAGUGUCGCUCUUUGGUUGCGACAUAACUACUCCGAACCUGCAGUAAGUGGCCUUCACACCAAAGGACUGCAUGUCUGAUGUCUGACUGCAGUACAUUAUCACUUGGUUUCCCUUUGGAAGGGUUAUGUUGUCUUUUCAACCUUCUGAAAGCUUAUCUGAAGUGCAGCCGUCACUUGGAGCCAAACUGGAGUAUCUCUCUAAAUCUUGAAAAACACCCAGACUUGCGUUAGCAUGUAAUUUCUUUAUGGAUCCAUUGGCAAAGCACCUUCUAGAAACACUGAGCUGUGUCUCUUGCAAGACAAGUUCAUGUUGCUUGUGGGCAAAUAAUCUGUCUUAUCAGGCAAGAUAACCACUCCCUUGUCAAACUGAGGCACAACUAUUUGGUUUGCAGUUAGUUAUUUCAGAUCUUUUGCCCAAAAAGAGAGCAUGAUGACUUCAACUACUGUCACAUAAAACCUUCUACUAAGGAAGCAUUAGGUAGGCAAUGAAGUAUGACUCUCAAAACUGUGAAGGUGCCUACUCUGGUGCACAGAUCCACAAACUGGAUACAAACAGUGCUACAAUAAGUUAAACUGUCUUGACUUUUAAUUCUCAGGCACUGAAGUUGUCCUUCAACUUGGUUAGAGUUGCAAGCUUCUGUGGUGGACUACAAGUUAGAUUUUAUUGAGCUGUCUCAAAUCUAAGUCAUUUAUUCAAAUGUUGAGGGUGACCAAAUAUUUGGGAAAAAAACACACUUAAAAGAUAACUUUUCAGCUGGAGCUUCUGUAUGAAUACAGAGGGUUUGGGAUAUUCAAAGUACUUACAUGCUUCCAAGUACUCAGGACUUUUUUUUCCUCCACUACAACUGUAGCUUUAUCCUCAUUUUUUGUUUCUCAAGCCUUAGUAUUGCCCAUCAAUAUCCUUCAGACUCUGUUUUGUCUUCAAAAACAAAACCAAAGUUGUUUUUGUGCUCUCAAUUGCUUUUUUUUUUGCACAGCAAGCUGAACCUGAAGUUCAUUUAUGUAGUGUUUUGCUCAGGUAAUUCUAGAAACUUACACUUGUUCCUUGUUUAAACUUUAUUUUGGUAGCUGUGUGGAGGCCAGCAUCAAAUACAUUGAUUGCUGCAUAUUAAACCCUCAACAAUUCUAUUGAAUCUAGGCAAUGUGUCAAGUUUCUACUUGAGCUAAAUAUCAGUGCAAGUAAUGUGUUAUGAUGCUUCUUAACAGAAAAAGUACUUAGUGUUAAAGUUACACAUCUGUACCUGUAACAAUCUUUUCUUAAAGAGAUUAUAAGCCAUAACAAGGAAAUGUUCUAAAUUAUUUACUUUUUGCCCCAUACUAACAUGGAAGUUGACAGGACUAAUGCAGAUUACUCAGUAUGUGUGACCAGGUGUUUUACCCAAAUGAAAAUUCUCCCUACAUGCACACACCUCUAAAGCAUUUUGACUCUAACGAGGCUCAGUAAGUUAACACACUCACUGUGACAGAACCACACCUGAAAUCUGUCAUAGGUAAUAAAUGUAUUAAAUUGAAAUUCAGAAUGAAAUUGGUCAGUCCUUACUUAACCAGGAAGAGAAUAGCGGUUCAGGAAAACAUCUACUUUACUCCCACUUCUUGAUCAAGACUUAAGAACUGUUCAGCAACAGCAUGUAGUACGAGGAGGAACAGGAACCAAUAGCUGCCUGCCUUCUAUCUUAGAGAAGUUUGUCACUUAUCUGGUGUCUGUUUCCAUGAAGCAGUAAAUUCUAAGUAUUUUUACGGCCUUGAAUGAGCAGUGUUAAUUCUUAUCCUUGAUUAAAAAAGUACUGUGAAGGAGCUUUUACUCUUAUCCCAAUUCCCAAGUAAGUGAUUUUUAAAACUACAUGAUCUUCCUGGGUAUUCAGUUUCAUAUGCUGUUUGAGCAUGGCUGUAUCUGGACCUUGUUACUGAUGGCCCAGUGAAAGGGCCUCACUGGUACGGAGCUGGGUUUAAGUGGAAGGAGAUGAUAAUUUAAAAAAAUAAUUUUAAAAAAAUAAUUAUUAUCAAAAGCAGAACUGUGAAUUUUAAUGAUCUGAUCUGGUAAAGGAGGUACUAUACAAGGAGAAAUACAGUUAAUAACUUUAUUACAUUACCCUAAACAACAACCAUUCAGUAUCAUCACUUCAGCAUAAGUGGAUACUGCUGCUACAUGCUUACCUACUAAAUUGGGCUUCCUCAUUUUGAGGGGAUAACAGGGACACAUAAAUGCAAACACACACACCCCAAAGCACGUAUAAUACCUUAGUAAUCAAGUUAAAUUUAAGGCUGAUUCUACAAGCUAAAUACAGUAUUUUAUCAUAACAAAACAGCUGUCAUUUAUUGUGAUUUGAUUAAAAUGAACAUUAUUUGUAUUUCUCUCUGUCUGUGAGCAUACUUUGCUGUAGCGUGUUGUGAGCGUACCUGUGCUGUUUUGAAUGUCUGUUUAGAAAGUGCCCUUCCAGAGGACCCUGUUCACUGCUGCACUUUUGGGAAAGAAAAAAAUAAACUGCCUAUGAAACUUCC